AUGAAGAACGAAGGCAUAGAGGGGACGGAGCUGUUCCUCAGCCCGGAAAGAGGUCGAGGUCUUCGGGCACUCAGACACUUCGAGGUGGGGGAGCUGGUGUUCGCCUGCCCAGCCUACUCGUACGUGCUAACAGAAACAGAGAGAGGAGCACACUGCGAGCACUGUUUCACGAGGAAAGAAGAUCUUUUUAAAUGUGGCAAAUGUAAGCAGGCCUACUAUUGCAACAUUGACUGCCAGCGAGGGGACUGGCCCAUGCAUAAACUGGAGUGUGUUGCUAUGUGCGCCUAUGGGGAGAACUGGUGUCCAUCUGAGACGGUCAGACUUGUGGCCAGAAUCAUCAUGAAACAGAGAGUCACAACAGAGCGAACGCCAUCAGAAAGACUACUGCUGCUUAAAGAGUUUCAAGCGCAUUUAGACAAGAUGGACAGCGAGAAAGACGAAAUGAACCAAACGGACAUCGCUGCCUUGCACCAUUUCUACUCUAAGCACAUCAGCAAUAUCCCAGAUGACCAGGCUCUUACUGAGCUCUUUGCACAGGUUAAUUGCAAUGGUUUCACUAUUGAAGAUGAGGAGCUCUCACAUUUGGGAUCAGCCGUUUUUCCUGAUGUAGCACUGAUGAACCACAGCUGCAGUCCAAAUGUCAUUGUCACCUACAAGGGCACAGUAGCAGAAGUAAGAGCAGUGAAGGAAAUCAGCCCGGGAGAGGAGGUCUUUAAUAGUUAUAUCGACUUGCUGUACCCCACGGAGGACCGAAAAGAAAGGUUGUUAGAUUCCUACUUCUUCACAUGCCAGUGUACGGAGUGCACCACAAAGUCAAAGGACAAAGAAAAAAUGGAAAUCCGAAAGCUGAGCUCCGGAGCACCUGAACCAGAGGAAAUCCGAGCCAUGGUCCGAUAUGCCAAGAAUGUAAUUGAAGAAUUCAGGAGAGCAAAACAUUAUAAAAGCCCGAGCGAGUUGCUGGAGAUGUGCGAACUAAGCCAGGAGAAGAUGGGUGCCAUAUUUGCCGACACGAACGUCUAUAUGCUGCACAUGAUGUAUCAGGCCAUGGGCGUCUGUCUCUACAUGCAGGAUUGGGACGGAGCUAUGAACUACGGAGAGAAAAUCAUACAACCAUACAGCGUGCACUACCCAGCCUACUCUCUAAACGUAGCGUCCAUGUAUCUGAAACUCGGCCGCUUGUAUUUGGGGCUGGAGAAGAAGACGCAAGGGGUCAAAGCUCUGAAGAAGGCACUGGCCAUUAUGGAGGUGGCUCAUGGGAAAGAUCACCAUUAUGUUGCGGAAGUCAAACGGGAAAUUGAGGAGCAGAAAUAA